AUGUCGCCCACAACCCUCACCCGCGCCCUGCGCUUCAACCCUACCGCCAUCACCAAAUUCACAUCAUCUGCAACCUCGUCCUCUAGCUCCGCAUCCCGAUUCUUCACCUCCAGCUCCUCGUCCGCGCGCCAAUAUUCCUCGAUUAGAAAUGCCUUUGCUCGAACCCGUUUUGCGGGAAAGCAAAAGAGAUUUCAGAGUACCGAAGCGGCUGCCGCAACGGCGACGGCCCAGGUUAGUUGGUUUAAGAGGAUGUGGGAUAGUCCUAUUGGGUUGAAGACGGUGCAUUUUUGGGCUCCUGUCAUGAAGUGGGCACUCGUCUUAGCCGGUAUUUCCGAUCUUGCUCGUCCCGCCGAAAAGCUCUCUCUUACCCAAAACGCCGCUCUCACUGCUACCGGUAUCAUCUGGACCCGAUGGUGCUUAAUCAUCAAGCCAAGAAACGUCCUCCUCGCAACCGUCAACUUCUUCCUCGGCAUGGUCGGAAUCGUCCAAGUAACUCGUAUCCUCUUACAUCAACGCAGCGAAAAGAACAAGCCCCUCGCCGAUAAGGCGGCCGAGGUGGGUCAUGAUGUUAAGGGAAAGGUCGAGAAUGCUAUUAAAUCAUAA